GAAAUCCCGAACCUGCGCACUCCGAGUAGCCGACCCCACUGUUUUGCGCAUGCUAGCCGGGCUCUUAGUCAUUGCGCGAGAGUAUCGCCGCGCAAAUUGAUAAUCAGCAUCACACACUCGCGCGCGCUUGUUUUGCGAAUAGAGUCACUCCGCUGCAAUUCCGAGAUAAGACGCUCUUGAGACACAGGCCGUGCGCCCCAGUUCCUACAAGAUGACGUCGGAUGCAUCUUUCGGUGCUGGCGAUACCGCCCAGCUGCCGUCCUUCUACUCUCCUCGAACCGCUGCCGUCGACCCUCCCCGGAGCCGCGAUGGCCAGCCCAUUGACGACCUGUCGCUCUCACAAUCCAGCCAUAUAAACUCCCCGAAGACUCAGCCGCCCCCGCCAUCGCUUCUCUCCCCAGCCUUUACUCCUCCAGCCACUCCGGGGGAUCAGACACCCACAACUGCCGGGCUGCGAGGAAUCCCCGUCGACAGCUCGAUAGCCUCUGGUGGAUGCGGGAGCAAGAAGCCGAAGCUGCUUGAAACAUUACCCGAGGUACAAUGCGUUGUCCGCGCCCGCAUCCCCACAGUCAACGGAACUGAGAUGUUUUUGCAUCUCUACACCAACAAUGUCGAUAACAAAGAGCAUCUGGCCAUUGUGUUUGGGAACCAUAUCCGAAGCAAAUCCUUGGAUGCUCCCCGCGAGGGCGAGACGGAGAUGGAUCGCAUGAUUCGCGGUGCCUACACAGGCCGGCUUUAUCCCGGCCGGACAACGAGCGGUAUGGGCGGUCCUUCCUCUGAGGCGGAAUCACAGCGAGGGCAGUACAGCAGCCAAGAUCCGCCAUUGGUGCGCAUACAUUCUGAAUGCUAUACCGGAGAGACUGCAUGGUCGGCGAGGUGCGACUGCGGCGAACAGUUGGACGAAGCUGCGCGGCUCAUGUCUUUACCAGGCAACAAAGCCGGCGGCAUCAUCAUCUAUCUGCGACAGGAGGGCCGCGGUAUUGGGCUGGGAGAGAAGCUUAAGGCAUACAACCUGCAAGAUCUGGGAUCUGAUACUGUUGAGGCGAAUCUGUUACUACGACACCCAGCUGAUGCCCGUAGCUACGGUUUGGCGACCGCUAUGCUCAUGGAUCUGGGCCAGAAAGAAGUCCGCCUGUUGACCAACAACCCCGACAAGAUUCGUGCCAUCGAAGGCCCCAAUCGGGAAAUCGUCGUAAAGGAGCGGGUGGCUAUGGUGCCGUUGUCAUGGAAGGGCAAGGGGGGCUUCCGGAGCCAGGAAGUAGAGGGAUAUUUGAAGACAAAGAUUGAAAAGAUGGGCCACAUGUUAGACAUGGCAGGACUUCCACAAUAG